UGCCUCUUCCUAACUUAAAAAGUGCUCAUUCGUCAGGGUUUUGGGGGAAAGAAAUGAAAAGAAAAGAAAAGAAAGCCCAAGAGAGAGAGUGAGAGAGAGCGAGAGGUUCUGCGGGGAAUGCGCACGGUGCCGCAGCAUAUGGCCUUGCCUGUAUCUGUAUCUCCCUCUCCUGCGGCCGCCACUCUCAGGACACCACUGCUAACAUACGCUCCCGCUGCGCCGUCUCGUAACGUCAACAGCCUUUCCGGCACAAGACAAAACUGGUAGAAGCAGAAGGAGCCCCAACGUCUCCAAGUCCUCUCAUCAUGGCCUCUAAGACGUGUUUUAUUGCAGUGUUCCUUGCGGGGGUUAUCCUCGCCCCCUUCUUGUCGUGCGCCGCCCAGCGCAGCGCCGAAACCCUAACCGAAAUCGAAGCCCUCACCUCCUUCAAGCUCAGCCUCCAUGACCCUCUCGGAGCUCUCAACGCCUGGGACGCCUCCACGCCGCUGGCCCCCUGCGACUGGCGCGGCGUCGCCUGCUACAACGGCCGGGUCAGUGAGCUCCGCCUCCCUCGGCUCCAGCUCGCUGGGCCACUCACUGGCCAAAUCGCUAACCUGCGCAUGCUCCGGAAGCUGAGCCUCCGUUCCAACUUCUUCAACGGUACCAUUCCUUCUUCUCUCUCCAAAUGCACAGCCUUGCACUCAGUUUUCUUGCAAUACAACUCGUUUUCCGGCAAGUUCCCGCCGGAAAUUGCAAACCUCACUGGCCUCCAAAUCCUCAAUGUCGCCGAGAACCACCUCAUCGGGGAAGUCCCCGGCGAUCUCCCUCCGAACCUUCGUUUCAUCGACCUUUCGUCGAACUCGUUCUCCGGCGAAAUACCGAGAAAUUUCCCGACUUCAUCCCAGCUUCAACUCAUCAACUUGUCCUACAACCAGUUCUCCGGCGAGAUCCCGGCUGGCUUGGGCGAUCUGCAGCGACUUCAGUACCUCUGGCUCGAUUACAACCUUCUGGAAGGGACUUUACCUUCGGCGUUAGCCAACUGUUCUUCACUAGUACACCUGAGCGCCGAAGGCAACUCCCUUGGCGGUGUAAUACCAGCGGCAGUAGGUGCAUUACCGCAACUCCAAGUGGUUUCUCUAUCGCGCAACAAUCUCUCUGGUUCGAUCCCUUCUUCCAUGUUUUGCAACGUCUCGGUUUAUCCGCCGUCUCUUCGAAUUGUGCAGCUAGGGUUUAAUGCUAUCACGGAUAUUAUCACGCCGGAGACAACGACUUGCUUCACUGUUCUGCAGGUUUUGGACCUUCAACAGAAUCAGAUACAAGGCGCGUUUCCCCUGUGGCUGACCAACGUUUCCCAAUUGACGAGAUUGGACAUUUCGGGAAACUCAUUAUCAGGUCCAAUUCCUGCUUCCAUCGGAAGGUUAGAGAGAUUGGAGGAGCUAAAGAUUGCGAAUAAUUCACUGAAAGGUGUGGUUCCAGCCGAGAUCACAAAAUGCGGCGUACUUCGGGUUCUUGAUCUUGAAGGAAAUGGCCUCACUGGUGAAAUUCCUGCUUUUUUGAGUGAGCUUAGAGGCUUGAUGACGUUGUCACUUGGGGGAAAUCAAUUCACUGGUUCAGUUCCUUCAAGUUUUGGCAAUCUUACUGAGCUCGAAGCCCUGAACUUGAACGAUAAUGGCUUGACCGGAGACCUGCCAGCGGAGAUAAUGGCAUUGAGCAAUUUGACCACACUAAGCCUCAGUGGGAACAAGUUUUCCGGCAAAGUACUGGAAAAUAUUGGGGAUUUGAGGCAGUUAUCGGUGCUGAACUUGAGUGGGAAUGGUUUCUCAGGCCCUGUUCCGGUUAGUUUGGGCCGGCUUUACAAGCUAACGACACUUGAUUUGAGCAAGCAGAAUCUUUCCGGCCAGUUGCCUCUUGAUCUUGCAGGUCUACCAAAUCUGCAAGUCAUUGCUUUGCAAGAGAACAUGUUAUCUGGGGAUGUUCCUGAAGGUUUCAGCAGCUUGCUGGGUUUGCGCUACUUGAACCUCUCUUCCAAUGCUUUCUCUGGUCACAUUUCUCCAACCUUUGGCUUCCUUAAAUCAUUAGUUGUUCUUUCAUUGUCUAACAAUCACCUCUCCGGCUCAAUUCCACCUGAGCUAGGGAAUUGCUCUAGCCUCGAAGUUUUGGACCUUGGAUCUAAUUCUUUGAGUGGCUCAAUUCCAGUUGACCUCUCCCGUCUCUCCCAUUUGAACGACCUUGAUUUAGCUAGCAACAAUUUGACUGCUGAAAUCCCAGAUCAAAUUUCCAAUUGUUCAUCGCUAAGGUCUCUUCUGCUAAACUCAAAUAAUCUUUCGGGCAAGAUACCAGCCUCAUUGUCCAAUUUGUCGAGCCUAGAAGUGCUGGAUCUCUCCAUUAACAAUUUGACUGGAGAAAUUCCAGCAAAUCUUUCACUCAUUUCCAGCUUGGUCUACUUCAAUGUGUCCCAAAACAACCUUGAGGGUGAGAUCCCGGCAAUGCUGGGUUCAAGAUUCAACAAUACUUCUUCCUAUGAAGGAAAUGAAAAUUUGUGUGGGAGGCCCUUGGACAGGAAAUGUGAGGUGGUCAAUUCCAGCAGGAGGAAGAGGCUGAUUCUAUUAAUUGCUAUGGUUGCCAGUGGGGCUUGUCUCGUGGCAUUGUGCUGUUGCUUCUACAUUUUCAGUCUUUUGAGGUGGCGGAAAAGGCUCAAAGAAGGGGCAGCUAAGGAGAAGAAAAAGAGUCCAGCAAGGGCAAGCUCAGCAGCAAGUGGUGGGCGCGGCAGUGGUGACAAUGGGGGACCAAAGCUUGUCAUGUUCAAUAACAAGAUCACCCUUGCUGAAACAAUAGAGGCGACCAGGCAAUUCGACGAAGAGAAUGUACUGAGCAGGACUCGGUAUGGGUUAGUGUUCAAAGCUUGUUACAAUGACGGAAUGGUGCUGGCAAUUCGCAGGCUCCCGGAUGGAUCACUAGACGAAAACAUGUUCAGAAAAGAGGCCGAGUCCCUCGGAAAAGUGAAGCACCGAAAUCUCACAGUCCUUCGGGGCUACUAUGCCGGGCCACCAGAUCUGAGACUCCUAGUCUACGAUUACAUGCCCAAUGGAAACCUCGCAACACUCCUCCAAGAAGCCUCCCACGAAGAUGGGCAUGUCCUCAAUUGGCCAAUGCGGCACCUCAUAGCGCUUGGAAUCGCCCGCGGCCUUGCAUUCUUGCACUCAGCUUCAAUGGUUCAUGGAGAUGUCAAGCCUCAAAACGUUCUAUUCGAUGCGGAUUUUGAAGCCCAUCUCUCCGAUUUCGGGCUGGACAAGCUCAUGGUAGCAACGCCCGCAGAGCCCUCAACUUCAGCAGCCUCAGUUGGGACCGUGGGUUAUGUAUCCCCAGAAGCAACACUGACAGGGGUAGCCACAAAAGAGUCGGAUGUUUACAGCUUCGGGAUCGUGUUGCUUGAGCUGCUAACAGGGAAGCGGCCAGUGAUGUUCACGCAAGAUGAGGACAUAGUCAAGUGGGUAAAGAGGCAAUUGCAGAGAGGCCAGAUAUCGGAGCUGCUAGAGCCGGGGCUGCUUGAGCUCGACCCAGAAUCAUCAGAGUGGGAAGAGUUCUUGCUAGGCGUGAAAGUUGGGUUACUCUGCACAGCACCGGACCCCCUGGACCGGCCCACCAUGGCCGACAUCGUGUUGAUGCUCGAAGGCUGCCGGGUCGGCCCGGAUAUCCCGUCGUCGGCCGACCCCACCUCCCAACCUUCGCCGGCAUAACGGAUUAAGAAAAUUCCCAACUUUUUCCAAUUGUUAAUUUUUAUUUUUAUUUGUUUUGGUUUCUAGAAUUCAAGUUGUAAUAGUAGGCUUUUUAUUCUGGAGUUCCUUGUUUUUGGGUUUGGUUUUUCGCUAUUUUGUUUUGUUAUUUGAAACGCCGUGCCGGGCGGGAUUGUAUGGAUCAGAA